AUGGCUACAAAUCAGGAAGAGGUGAAACUUAUUGGAGUUGUGGGAAGCGCAUUUGUGAUGGGUGUUCAAAUUGCUCUGAAAUUGAAGGGAAUUGAAUAUGAAUUUAUUAAAGAUGACUUGAACAACAAGAGUGAGCUUCUCCUCAAAUACAAUCCAGUUUAUAAGAAGGUUCCAGUUUUUGUUCACAAUGGGAAACCUAUAUCAGAAUCUCUUGUGAUUAUUGAGUACAUUGAUGAGACAUGGAAGCAAAAUCCCAUUUUGCCAUCUGAUCCUUACCAAAAAGCUCAAGUUCGAUUUUGGUCACAGUUCAUCCAAGACAAGAUUUUUAUACCUUUUAUCAAUGCUGCUCGUGCUGUUAGCGACGAGAAAGAACGUGACAAGAAUCUAGCAGAAUCAUCAGAUGGUCUUCAGUUUCUUGAGAAUGAGUUGAAGGAUAAGUUCUUUGGUGGAAAAGAGAUUGGUCUUGUCGAUAUCGCUGCUAUGUUCGUAGCUUUCACGCUCCCUUUGCUUCAUGAAGCAGCAGGGUUUAACUUGUUCACUGCUGAAAAGUUUCCAAAGCUUUACAAAUGGAGUCAAGAAUUUCUCAAUCAUUUAAUUGUGAAGGAAAUCGUGCCACCAAAAGAACCUUUUUUGGCCUAUUUCAAAGCUAGAAUUGAACUUCGUCUUGCUGCUUCAAAAUAG